AUGGCACCGGACUCGACGACAGUCGCAGACCAAUCGGGGGAUGCAACCGAUAGAGCAGAUGAGAAGACAAGUAUCUCGAAGCAGUCGUCCAUCUCUACAAAUGAUGUCGAGAGAACAGCAAGCAAUAGGUCACCGACUGGCGUCCCUGACGGGGGCACAGCAGCAUGGCUGGUCAUUCUUGGUUGCUGGUGUACUUCGUUCUGCAGUUUUGGCUGGCUCAAUAGUGUCGGAGUGUUCCAAGAGUAUUACCAGAACGACCUCCUGCGUAGCUACUCUACAAGCGCAGUCUCCUGGAUUCCGUCGCUUGAGAUAUUCUUCAUGAUGGCCAUGGGACCCAUUGUUGGUGUGCUGUAUGAUCGCUACGGGCCCCGAUGGCUUCUAUUAACCGGCAGCAUAAUGCACGUCUUUGGGAUCAUGAUGACAAGCAUAAGCCAUGAAUAUUACCAGAUCCUGUUAUCACAAGGACUGUGCUCUGCCUUUGGCGUAUCCAUGAUAUUCCAGCCUUCCCUCACCUGCGCGGCCGGGUGGUUCGAUCGCAAACGCGGAGCAGCCUUUGGCAUUUUAUUCACAGGCUCUAGCAUCGGAGGAAUCGUCCUUCCAAUCUUGGUUACACACUUAAUCCGCGAUGCUGGGUUCGGCUGGGCGAUGCGCACCUGUGCGUUCGUCAUGCUGGCCCUUUUGACAGUGGCCAACCUCACCAUCCGGCCAUACAACCCUCCCAAACCGCGCAAGUUAACUGCCACUGAGCUCGUCAAACCGCUCAAAGAACUCCAAUUCGUCCUGCUACUACUCGGCCUAUUCAUCUUCACCUACGGCUUCUACGCCCCGAUCAACUAUCUCCCUGCCCAAGCCAUCAGCGUCGGCAUGUCCCCAAACCUGGUACAGUACCUCCUCCCAAUCUUAAACGCAGGCUCUCUCUUUGGCCGUCUCUUCGCCGGCUUCCUCGGCGAUAAGCUCGGCCGCUACAACAUCUUCAUCAUCGUCUGCUACCUCUCCGGAAUAUUCAUUCUCGCACUCUGGCUUCCCGACUCCAGCAAUGAAGCCCUCAUCGCCUUCGCCGCGCUGUUCGGCUUCUUCUCCGGCGCGUAUGUCUCCCUGCUGACGCCGCUGAUUAUGCAGAUCUCGCCGAUGCCGGAGCUGGGGUUCCGUACGGGGAUUGCGCUGCUGGCGACUGCUGUUGCGGGGCUGACUACGAAUCCGAUUAAUGGGGCGAUUGUGGAUGGGGGUGGUGGAUGGGCUGGGUUGAAGGUGUUUUCGGGGGUGCUGUCGAUUGUUGGGACGAGCUUUGUGCUGGUGGCAAGAUUGAAAAGGACAGGGGCGAAGGUUUUUGUGCGGUAUUAG